GAUUUGAGCAGACUGUUGAAGUAACUGAGUUAGUCAUGCAGGUAUCUGAAGAGUGUUCCAGGCAGUGAGGAUGGCCAUUGUAAAAGACUUAAUGACUUAAUGCAGAAUACGUCUGGCUUUUUGUUCAAGGAACGGGAAGGAGGUUAGUUUGGCUGGAGAGGGAAUGAGGGAACAGGUCAGUGAUAAAGAUGAUGUAAGAAAUAAUAUGGCCCAAAUCACUAAGAUUUUAUAGGCCAUUGUAAGGACUUUGGUUUUUAUUCUAAAUGAGAUGAGAGGUCAUUGGAAGGUUUGGAGCAGAGGAGAGACACGACAGGACAAGUUUUUAAAGGGCUGAUCUGACUGCUAAGUUUGAGGAUAGACAGUAGUGUAUUGAGUGAGACAGCAAGACCAAAUGAGAGACAGUUGCAGUAGUCCGAGGGUAAAAGACCAUGGCUUAGGCCAGGAGAGUAGGAGGUGGUCACGUUGACCUCAUCCAGCAGAAGCAAAACAAGAGUCAUCUAGAUCUAACAAAAGGUUUGUGUUUAGUGAAUCAGAGGGAUCUGCAUUAGAACAGUUUGAAGGUGGCCCCUGUGCUGUUAUUGCACCCGUUCAGGCAUUUCUUUUGAAGAAGCUCCUGUUUUCUUCUGAGAAGUCUUCUUGGAGGGAUUGCCAAGAAAGCGCUUGUUGUAGCGACUCUGGACCGUACUGCUUGGCUUCAUGGCUAAGAGGAAAGACAGCGGAGGAGGCUGCUGGUCUUCCUGGGAGCCCUGCACAGUCCAGCUGCCAAGUGGACCAUUCUUAAAAAGAUCAUUCAGAAGUUUAUCAGAAUUAAAAGAUGCUGUUUUCGACCAGUAUUCAGUGUGGGGAAGCAAAUUUGGAGUAUUGCUUUUUCUGUAUUCUGUGUUACUGACAAAGGGCAUUGAAAACAUAAAAAAUGAAAUUGAAGAUUCAAGUGAACCUUUGAUAGAUCCUGUGUAUGGACAUGGCAGCCAAAGUUUAAUUAACCUCCUUCUAACGGGACACGCAGUUUCUAACGUAUGGGACGGUGAUAGAGAAUGCUCAGGAAUGAAACUUCUUGGUAUACAUGAACAAGCAGCUGUAGGAUUCUUAACACUAAUGGAAGCGUUGAGAUACUGUAAGGUUGGUUCUUACUUGAAAUCUCCAAAAUUCCCUAUUUGGAUUGUUGGCAGUGAAACUCACCUCACCGUAUUUUUUGCCAAGGAUAUGGCUUUAGUUGCCCCUGAGGCUCCUUCAGAACAAGCCAGAAGAGUUUUUCAAACUUACGAUCCCGAAGAUAAUGGAUUCAUACCUGAUUCACUUCUAGAAGAUGUGAUGAAAGCAUUGGACCUUGUUUCAGAUCCUGAAUAUAUAAAUCUCAUGAAGAAUAAAUUAGAUCCAGAAGGAUUAGGAAUCAUAUUAUUGGGUCCAUUUCUUCAAGAAUUUUUUCCUGAUCAGGGUUCCAGUGGUCCAGAGUCUUUUACUGUCUACCACUACAAUGGACUGAAGCAAUCAAAUUACAAUGAAAAGGUAAUGUAUGUGGAAGGAACUGCAGUUGUUAUGGGUUUUGAAGAUCCCAUGCUACAGACAGAUGACACUCCUAUUAAACGCUGUCUCCAAACCAAAUGGCCAUACAUUGAAUUACUCUGGACCACAGAUCGGUCUCCGUCACUAAACUGAUUUGCCGAAGUAUUUAUAAGGAAGAUUGUAAUAGCAGAUGUUGAAAGAGGGAUGAAAGACUGGCAAUUGGCUCAAUUAAGCUAUACACUGGUAUCAUUGAUUGACUGUAAAUAACAAUUGAAAACACAUUUUCAGUGUUUAAGAUAUGUUUAAAUUAUUUGUUUUAAAGCUUUAAGUUAAAGGUUACCCUAUUUAAACUCUUUAUGUGAAAUUUACUAGCAAAACUAAGCUGUAAUCAAACUUUAUCACUGUUGCAGUCAGAUAAUUUGGUCAUUUAUCAAACAUCAUAUUAUAACAUUUUAAUAUUGAGUAUCAAAGUUACUAUUUAUAAACUACUUUGGGGUUUUAUUUCAUUCAGGCACAGUUUAUUUAAAUGAUUCUGGCAUGCAAUAUAUCAGCCUCCACACUGAAAUGCAAAAGAGUUUAUCUUUGUUAUUUUCUAAAAUCUGGUUUCCAUUAGAAACAUUGAUAAAUAACAAAUUGUCAACCUGGAUCUUUGACAAUUGGCUUAGCUCUGGCAUGUUUAUAAAAAGUAGAAGCUAUAAGGGAACAUUACCAUUUAUUCACAGACAUAUAGAGGAAAGAGAAUCUGAUAUAGUCUUAAGACUGUCAGCUUUCACUGUAUUGCCAAAUACACUUUUCCAAAUUUGUCCCAACAGCCCUGUAAGCCAGCUUUCUUGUAUAUUUUAAAUGUGAUAAAUGCAUGAGAACAUCUGUUAUUACAUUAGUAUAUUGCAUUAUUUAUUAUGAUCCUAGUGGAUGGUCUAAAUAAACACUUUUUUUUCUUCAACCAUA